GCGCUGCCGGCCGGCGGUGCGACAGGGCCCGGCCCGGCACGGCACGGCCCGGUACGGUAGGGUACGGCACGGUACGGCCGAAGGGAAGGCGGCUGCGAUCCACCGCGGACGGCGAUGGGAGAUGGAAGGAGCUGGCGGUGCGGUACAGGCAAAUACAGACCCUUGGAAAACAUGUUUGCUGGCAGGGAAGCUCAGUGCAGCAGAUGUCUGUGAAACCUCAAGGAGCACGGCCGAGGGAUGGAGAUGCUGUGUCCCACAGGCAGAAGCAUUUGUGUGGGAUAAUGAUGUAUCAGCUCAUGCCCAGGCUGUUGCCAAGGCCAAAUAUGAAUUUUUAUUUGUCUCGGAAGAAGAGAAGUCUUCAGAAAUGGGUAGUGGCCAUGGAAGCAGCACUUUGCUCCCUCAUACCAUCAUCAAUGAGUUUCCAGAGUAUGGCACUGUAGAGCCAAGUGGAGACGUGCUGAAGGCUUCUUUGCUGCGCCAGGCAGAGCCUGUGACACACAGCCCAGAAAGAUGGGACGGUCACCACCAGGUACCUGGCAGGUCCCUUCCUCAGUGUGCAGCUCCUGCAGACAGUUUGAGACCUGACACUGGGCCAGUGGAGCUCUGCGCCCCAGGGGAAGGAGGUUUGCAACCUGUGGGUAACCUGCUAGAGAGCAUGAAAAUCUCUCAGUGGCUGGAAGCAACAAAGGUGCAAGAGAGAGCAAAUACUUCUCUUGAUUCAGAGACGCUAAUGGAAAAAAAGAGUGUUACUGGCAGCCAAAAUGUGCAGGCAGCAAGAGAACCAGUUCCAGCAGGCCAAGAAAAACCCUCAGACAUGCCUGUUCUAUCUGAACGAACAGCUGAGGAAAAAAUGCAUUUGAUGAUAGAGAAAGAUCUGGCUGCAACACGGACUGGAGAAAAGCAGUCUGAGUCCUUGCAAGCCAUCAGUAAGAAAGAUGAGGAGGUCCAUGCAGUGCAGAAGACAAGCUGUCAUAGACCAUCUGUGACAAACCUGGAAGCAGCCAGCAGAGUGGAGGGGUGGGCGCAUUUUGAGGAGUUUUCAGCAUACAGUCAAGGCAAAAUGCAAAUGGGACCUGACAGGAGGCUCCCUAAAGAGGCAGCUGUGAGCAAACAUGUAGAAUUUCGAGGGGUGGAGAUUUUAUGGCUGCAAAAAGCUGAGGAGCAGAGAAGAAAGAAGCAGUCGCUGCUGGAGACUGUGUCUGUGGAGCAGAAGGCAUUCCCCAAAACAUGCAGCCACCCCAUGCCACUGAUGGUCUCCCCAGGCUUGGCCUCCUCUCCGGACAGCACUUGGAGCAAGGCCUGUGAGGAGCCAAGGAUGGGGCCUGCUGCCUCUGGAGCUGCUCCUCUAGCACUGCUUGAUGAAGGUGGCGAGGAUGAAGUUUUUGUGAAGGACCAGAAGAACCGUGGCAAGAAAGACAUGGCUGUGCAAAUGAGAGGCCAGGGCAGGAUGGUGGAGGAGGGGGAAGCAGCCACGGUAGUAUAUGAAGAUGUCCUUGGGCAGAGGCACCCUGACAUCUCCACUGAUCUGUACAGCUCACAGUUCGAAAACAUUCUGGACAAUGCAUCUUUGUACUACAGCGCGGAGUCACUGGAGACGUUGUACUCAGAGCCUGAUAGCUACUUUAGCUUUGAGAUGCCACUCACUCCCAUGAUCCAGCAGCGCAUGAAGGAGGGUGGCCAGUUCUUAGAUCGGACAUCAGCUUCGGGACAGCCAGAUGUCCUGCACCUUUCCCCUGACAGGGAGGUGAAGGGCUGCAGAGAAGGCAUUGCCAAUGGCCUAAGGGAUGCAGGUGAAACACUCUUCAGAGGAGAUGUCACAGAAGUCCCUCGUUUGGAAAGCAAUAUUCAACUGCAGAACGUGGUGUUAGACUCCAGUGCUGCCAUGGGGAGCAAUGAACAGCAGGAGAAAGAUGCCACUGGAGCCCUUGGUCAUGAUCUCAGUAAUGGCAGCAGCAGCAGCAGUUUGGAAGCAGCCAGACGCCUGGCUAAGCGUCUCUUCCAUCUGGACAGGUUCAAACGCUCAGAUGUGGCAAAGCAUUUGGGUAAAAACAAUGAAUUCAGCAAGCUUGUGGCUGAGGAAUACCUCAAGUUUUUUGACUUCACAGGCAUGACACUGGACUGCUCACUCAGGAGUUUCUUUAAUGCCUUUUCGCUUAUUGGAGAAACUCAGGAACGAGAGAGAGUUUUAAUCCACUUCUCCAGCAGAUAUUACCAGUGCAACCCCAACAGCAUUUCUUCUCAAGAUGGAGUUCACUGUCUCACGUGUGCCAUGAUGCUGCUGAACACAGAUCUACAUGGCCACAACAUCGGGAAAAAGAUGACCUGCCAAGAGUUCAUUGCUAACCUCCAGGGGAUGAAUGAUGGCAAAGAUUUCCCGAAAGGGCUAUUGAAGGCCCUCUACAAUUCAAUCAAGAAUGAGAAGCUGGAGUGGGCAGUGGAUGAAGAAGAGAAAAAAAAGCCUCACUCAGAUGGUACAGAUGAAAAGGAUAAUGGGAGCCAGACGAAGGCUGUCAGUCGAAUUGGCAACUCAAAUAACCCAUUCCUGGACAUCCCUCAUGAUCCAAAUGCUGCUGUGUAUAAAACUGGAUUUCUGUCUCGGAAAAUCCAUGCGGAUAUGGAUGGAAAGAAAACUCCUCGGGGAAAGCGAGGCUGGAAAACCUUUUAUGCUGUGCUGAAGGGAACAGUCCUGUACUUGCAGAAGGAUGAAUAUAAGCCAGAAAAGGCUUUGUCAGAGGAAGAUCUGAAGAAUGCAGUUAGUGUGCAUCAUGCACUGGCAUCCAAGGCAACAGACUAUGAGAAGAAACCCAAUGUGCUCAAGCUUAAAACAGCAGAUUGGAGAGUCCUGCUUUUCCAAGCCCAGAGCCAAGAAGAAAUGCAGGCUUGGAUCAACAAGAUUAACCGUGUGGCUGCCGUCUUCUCUGCACCACCAUUUCCAGCAGCAAUUGGUUCUCAGAAGAAGUUCAGUCGCCCGCUCCUGCCAGCCACCACAACUAAGCUAUCUCAGGAUGAACAACUGAAGUCCCAUGAAGCUAAACUGAAGCAAAUCUCCACUGAGCUUGCUGAACAUCGCUCCUAUCCUCCUGAUAAGAAGCUAAAAGGCAAGGAAGUAGAUGAUUACAAACUGAAGGACCACUAUCUGGAGUUUGAGAAAAAUCGCUAUGAGAUUUACGUUGGUCUCCUGAAAGAAGGAGUGAAGGAGCUGCUGAGUGGAGGAGAGAAUGAUGUGCCAGGGCUGAAGAAAUCUCACUCGAGUCCCUCAUUGAAUCAGGAGUCUCCAGUUAGUGCCAAGGUGAAACGCAAUGUCUCGGAGAGGAAGGACUACAGGCCAGAAACACCCAGCAUUAAGCAGAAGGUCACUUAGGGUGGAAUCGACAACUAGGGGAACAGCCAUGCAGCAAAGUACCGGUGGUCAAAAUUUUUUUCAUUUAAUAACCUGUCAUUCACAAAAAAUAAGUGCAUCUGCCUGAAUGGGGUGUUAGUGACAUUUUCUAUUGUAUAUUUUGCUGUUUCUGUGCAGAUUGUGGGAGAUGUCUUUGCUCCUGCUUUGCUUUGCUUUCUUAAUUUAUCAUUUAGCAAUGAAGCAUCGGGACUUUUUUUGUGUUGUUCUGUUUCUAAAGGAGCUGGGGGAGGGGUAGAGCGCUGUGACGUAUAUUCUGUCUCUUCCCCGUUUAUCUCCUCCCAUUGACACGUGGCUUUCAUCUCUCAAGUCACUUGUCACUUUAUUUACAUGGUGGGUGAGAAAAGUAACUGGACAAAUGCUGCAGUGUUAUGAAUGCAAGCUGUAGCUGUGAGAAGAGCUGUGUGAGCAGGCAGGUGCCGAAGGCUAGUGAGAGCCUCGGGUGCUGGGAACACUGGUUUCCUGAUGAUGCAGAGUGUGUUGGUACCAGUACUUUAGCAGCGGGUGUUACAGUAAGUACUCACUGUUGCUUGUUGUUACUGUGUUGACCCUGGACCUGUGAGUGUAAAGGAAUGGAAACCUCUGGCGAUGUUGGGGUAGCAGCAUUGGAACAAUUUGUUUGCUUUCUGCCAAGCAAAGAGCCUUCUCCUGAGUUUAGCAGGCUGAGGGGUAUCCAAACCCAUGCUGCCUCUGCAGCCAGGGAGAUGAAGGAUUACCCAGUCAGAGGGACUACCUGGGCUUCAGAUUUCUUUGUGGAAGAGGCUGCUGUGGGUGUCAGCCAUUAGCAUUGUAUUUUAAAGACGAAAGGCCUCUGUGUAGUUUAUAACUAUACGCUCUCACUUAGCUGCUAUAUAGAGCCUUAUGAUAUAUUGUGUCCUGAUGCUCCCCUUUCCAGGAAUUUCCUUGUUGGUGUGCAGAUAGGUGUUCACGUUUUCUCUGCUAGUGACAAAGCACUUUGCCUUUUCUCUUCAGGAAAGGAUUCUUCUCAUCUCUGUUUUCCUGCUUUGGCUGACAUAUAGGUGGAAGAGGCUGGUGCAGAUCGGAGAAGGGGGCAGAGGUGUCCUCACUGCAGGCCAGGUUUGAUGCUGCCCUAGUCGCUCUAUGCCUGGAGGUUAGCACAAGGCAGCCUCAGCUGUGGCAGAUCCUACCCUCCACCCACAGGCCCCCAGCCUGCCUUGUAGCUCCUGCAUACCCCACACCAGGCUUUCAGAGGGGAGUGUGGAACAGGGAGAGACCACUGUGGGGAGAGCUUUUCUGUACCGAAAGCCUCCUUUUUGUGUCACAGGCCCUUGGGGUGGCCAGCAGUCUUCACGCACAGGGAGUAGAAAGAUGAUGUAGAAAUACCUUCUGCUGCUUCCCAGCCCCUCUCACUUGAGUGGCACUGUGGCUGUGUAGAGUGCUGGCUCACAUGGUGCUUAACACCCUGGGUUUUAAGUUCAUGUUUGAUACUGGCCCACUGGACAAGCUUGGAUGGGUCUCUCCUGUUUUGCCUCACUCUUCCCCGUACAGAGUAGUGUAACGGAAUGGUCCUGUCCUGUGGAGCACCUCAGGAGGCGAUGUUGAGGGCCAGUUGAAAAUUGCUUGUUGUUACCGUUUCUUGUGGCUGGUACAGGAUGGCCUUCCCGAUGGAUUUGAUUCUUAAUGCGUAAAGAAACAUCAAGUUCAAGACAAGCACUCUUUAGAGAUGUGCUGGUGUUUCCAGCCCAAGCAGCCAAAGGGCCACACAUCAAAAAAAUUACCACCUGAGUGGAUUUAUGGUCUGCUAGAUGUCUCAAGAGGCCCAAGUCAAUUAACCUAACAUACUGAACUACCAGUUCAGUGGGCAGGACAGGGAGCAAUCAGAGAGGAGACCUUAGCAAGCACUGUGUGACUUGCCUCCGCUGAGGACCAAGGACCACAGCACAGCAUCUUCCCCGGUGUCAUGCUCACCGCCAGCUGGAACGAGGACAUUGCGCUCUCAGGUGCCAGGAGGUGUUAGAGCAAAUCGAUGGCUGCAUUCACAGCCCAGCAGCAAAACCAGAUGGGACCGUUUCCACGUGUGCUGUGCUGCUGGGGCACACAGGCCUCUGAUACCUGUGACUGAGACUGACCACUCUGUGCUACGAGUCAGGAGCUUCACCCUAUAACACUGGCAAUGUCACUGAAAACUGCAAAGCCCUGGACAGAAACCCCCAGCACUUCCCAAGUGCUGAGGCUUUAGAAGCUGUGCGUGCUUGCUACAAGAGCAAAUGUUCAGUCCUCUUCCUGAAGAAGAGACAUGCCUUCUGCUGUGAAGGCCAAAGUGACAUGGUGCAGCAUGCUGUGUUAGGAGACUCAGUGUAGACAGCUUCGUGGUGGUGCUCAUUGGGAGGGAUUGUUUGAAUUAAUCAGCUGCGGUAGAUCAACAGCUUGUGGAUAGGAAACAAAGCCAGGAGAUCCCUACAGCUGUUUAUCAUGCUCUGGUGGUUUAAAACAAACAAGCAGAAGAGACGGAAGAAAAAAUUCUCUUGGGGAAUGCCAAAUGCACAUCUGUGAAGAAAACUUGUCCUGUUGUACAUAAAUAGUGUUAGGAAGCAUGCAGCAGAAACCAAACAAAAAAAAAAAUGCAAAUUUGUAAAAUGGGCCCUGCUUGGCUGUCAGGACAGGAUUGUCUAGAUGAGAUUUUAGAGGGCCUCUUUAAAAUCUCUUCUGAUUAUGGAGUGCAGUGCUUUAAAAGGCAAAGAGGUGACAUUUCACUUUUUCACCACCCGACUCCCCCCUCCUUUUAAAAUAUUCUGGUUGCUGUAGACUGCAGUUAAAUUGCUGAGCUCAAAAAGAAAUUAUUCCUGUAAAAUGCAUUUCCCAGCUUUGAUGCUGAAACUGGAUAAUUCCUCUUCAAAGUCAUGGCAGAGGAGAGAUGGUUUGAAGCAAUAGGAAAAGUCAAAAAGUGAACUGCAAAAAAAGGUGUGGGGUUUUUUUAUUUACUUAUUCAUUCUCCAUUUCCAUAUAUACUUGUAAAUGGAUUAGAGUAUAUUUUUCUAAGUCUCAUCUGGGCUUAGGAAAUGCAGUUUUUCAAUCAUUAAACAUUUGUUGAACUCUUGCUGAGACUGCUGAGGUGUGCAGAGUAGUUCACUGAGGAUUUUUCAGGUUCUGCUCAAGUUUUAACUAAUGUCAUUUUGCUCUGUUUCUUUACAAAUUCUAGGCAUCCCAGACACUCAUGUGAAAUGCACAUUUCAGAGGCCAAGAGAAAGAGGUGGUCUUGUUGUGAAUACCUAAGGCUCCUGGACUCCUUUUGGGUCUAGGAUCAUCUACUAAGCAGUACUGUAAUUUGCUUUCCCCCUCUCCGACUGAUGCUAUGGUAAAAGCAUAGGAUGGCACUGCUGAGUCUUCCAGACAGCUUUGUGCAGUACUCUGCCUUUAUUUGCUGAAAUGUUUGCCUCUAGCAGAGAUCAGCACUUGACCUCAGCAACCUGGGGGCUCCCGUUGCAACGUGCAAGGAUGCUCUGCUGGUUUUCAGCCCUCCUCUGGGACAUGCUGUGCACCUGAACUCAGUUCAGUGAAGCAGCUCUCUGGGAGUGCUCAGUGCAAGCAGGAGUUGCUGGCAGGCAGACGUGAACGUGUGUGUAUGCAUGCCAGCCUCUGCGUUGGUGAUGCAGGGGGGUGUUAAUCCUUCCCCAUCAGCCUCCUUGCUGCAGAGUGCAAGUGUCACUCAGGCAAAGCCUCUGCCUGCAUGGAGAUGCAAGGAGAGGAGCAGGGUGUGGCCAGUGACUCCUCACAUCCUCCCUCUCAAGAUGCUGACAGAGGUGCUGGAGGGACCCGUCCUGCUCUGUAGCAUUGCUGUUUGCUCACCCUUCAGGAGCUGGACCGUCUCUCUCUGGCUGCAGGAGGAGAGGCAGGAGAGGACCUCGCUGGGUCCACACCUAAUAGCAGAGAGGUGAGGGAGAAGGACGCAAUUGCCUCCCCCUCUCCUCACUCAGCAGCCAAAGCAGGUGAAAUGCUGGGCUGAAGCCAACCCUGCACCCUCUUCCAUGAGUCAGCAGGACUCAGGGCUCUGGUUUGAGGCAGCUUUCCUUCAGCAGCGGCUGCGGAAGAGACUCCCUGGGCCCACUGUGUGUUUGUGUGCGCCUGGCAGAUAAAUCACGCAUGGACCAGUGAACACAACUGCAGUUUUUAAAUCCUGUAUUUAUAUUGUGUCUUUAAUUAAUGUAGGGAGAUAAGUCAGCCAGCAGAGUGAUUAAUGCAGCGGAGCUGUGGGGGAACGCUGUUCAGCUGCAACACCAACUCAGACAGCUUUUCAUCUGUAGCCAGCGACUUGUAAAUGGUUACCAGAAGCUUUCUGAGGGCUUGUAACAGCUCAUCCCUGAAGUGCUUUCCCUCUGAUCCUGUCUGUUCCCAGGGUGAGGUCUGCCUACAUUUGGGGGCUCUCCUGGAGAGCAGUGCUCAGCACAGCCCUGUCUCGAGCAGGAGUUUGGACUAGGUAGACCUUCAGAGACCAGAAUAAUUCAGUGACUUUACACAGCUCCAUUGCCUCCUGUUAACAAGACUAGUUGUUCUUCUGGUUUGAGUCAGCCAAAAUGUUUGCCUUUUUCCAGCAUGGGAGCGAGGUUUUUGCUUAAUCUGAGCAUUCCCUUCAGUGAGGAGGUGGUUGUGGUGGUGGAGAAAGUCAAAGGUGGUGGGGUUGUUGCUGGCCAUGUUCUUUAGAGUGGGAAAGGCUUUUCUCUGCAGGCAGUGUACCACUUACCAUGUCUGCAUUCCCCAUCCCCAAAUAAAUUUUGGCCAUAUCGCAGUUAGUUUGACAGCUCCUCCUCCUUUUCUGUCAAGCUGCUCCUGUCUGUCAUCUUAGCACCUCAGCUGCUUCUGUAUAACAGGUCUUUUCUUUCCGUGCUUGUAGAAAACCAGAAAAUUUGACUGUCCCGUCUUGCCUUGAAAACACCUAUCUGAAGCAGUGCUGCGUUGAGUGGAUAACCCUGUAAACAGCUUUUUCAUUCUGCUCAUUGGUAGCCUGCGCUUCCAGCCACAGUUAUAUCUGGGAGGUGCAAGACAGAGAAGAUCAGGCUACCGUGAUCCUCUAGUGUAGUGUGGCAGGAAUGUGGGGUCUUCACUCCCACACUCCAACCAGACACUUGUGACAUUCCUAGUCUCCUUUCCAAAAAAAAGUCUCGAGGUAGAAGCAAACCAUGCUUUGUGGACAAGUUUUGAGACACUGUUUUGUGAGGAAUUGAGUACUUUCUAAAUCAGGUCAUACAUUUUGCAGCAUUUUUGGCAGCUGCAUGGAAAAAAAACAAUUAUAAAAAUAAAUAAAUUGAUGGUUUCAACCAAUGUCACCCAAGCACAGAGGGGUGGCAUUCUGGUUGUUGGCAACACCAUCUGCUUUUGCAGAGUCAGAGGCGGUACAUACACCUUUUUUCAAGCUUGCAUCUUCCAGCUUGCAUUGAAGCUUUCCCCAGUGUUGCUCUUCCCAAGCUCUGGGAUGUCACAUCUACUCUGAGAGGGCAGUUGUGUUCUCCACUGGGCACAGUCAUAGCUCUUCAGUGUUCAUUCCCAGCACCUGGUAUCUAGGCUGCCUAGGGAGGUGAGCCAAAGCAGCUGUCUCAGAAAUUUGUUUGAAAGAGCUGGUCUCCAUGUUGUGCUUUUUAGAGGAUAUUUUUAGUAUGCCCAGUUUCUCCUCUCAUCUGUCCUGACAGCACCAGUGUAGUAUAGUAAGGAGCUUCACCCUGUGGGAAAUGAAGGUUUGCUCCAGCAGAAAGAGUCUUUUUCAGCUUCCAGCGAAAAGAUACCUCACCUAAGCUGAGCACCAUCACACAGGGAAAAGAUACUGUAGGAGGACAGUAAGAAGGACAGUGCCACCCUCCAUGGCCGGCCAGCUGUUGGAGAUGGCAUGGUCAAGCAUUGCCCUCAGUGCUGGGGGUAACUAGAAGUGCUGUCUUCUUUUUCCCACCCACACUCGGCUCCUGGAGAAAGCUUCCCUGCCACCUGCUGCUCUUCUCCCUUGUGACGCAGCAUCCUUAUCCAAGGGUGCUGCAGUGCUGUUGUUAGGAGGCUGGUUGAAAUAAGAGCAAGGAGGACAGGUCCCAGGGAAAUAUGUCGGGAUGCCAUCUGCUCUCCUGUGGGCAGUGUCCAGUUGAAUGGUGAAAGAAGGCAGGCGCAGCACUUCCUGAGAGAAGGUACUUUGCUUAUCCCUUUUGCUAGCUGCAUUGAGGCUGCAUUUUGGUCAGUUAUUAGAAAAUUUCCUUUGCCAAAUGCAGGCAGCAGCUUUUCCAAAGAUCCUGCUUAUUGACCUGACUUUCCUCCCGUGGUCAGAAGGAGCAAAUGUAGGUCAGCCCAAACAUCAUCUGUCCUUCCCUUUGAGCAAUGAACUACUCCAUAAAAACUAUAAAUGUUUAAGUGAUGAGCGAACUGCCGUGGCAUCUGCUGUGAAAUCUGUGCCAGGUAUCAGACGGGUACAGGCCAGUGGUCUGUUUGGACCGAGAAACAGUACAUCACUUAUUCCUUUCACUGCAUUGCUACAGACUACAAGGGCAGGACUUUUCUCUCACAAAUCAGUGUAAUUAGUAGCCAGCCUGUAGAAGGGGUCAUAGAAUCGUAGAAUGGUAAGAGUUAGAAGGGACUUUAAUGUGUAACUCGCCUAAAUGCAACCAAAACACAAGGUUUCAGCUUCAUCUUGGGCCAGGCAAAUAUCCUGGUGUAACCAGAGAGCAGCGAUAACUGAGCUGCUAUGGAGACUUGUUUGGUGCAAAACCCUCUGACUGCCCUAGGCCUCGUGAUGAAAGAAGGGAGAUCCAGUCUAUGUCACUGCACAGGGCAAACUCUGUUGGUGGUAACAAGUCUUAAACCACUUACACACUUACAAAAACCUCAUGCUCAGUGCUGUCAAGUUCUGAGAGCUCGUAGGAUGAGAACAGGGGUGGUCUGUGUCGGUUUUUUUUUUUUAUAAAGGAGUUGUACAUAUUCAUGCCAACUACGGUGUCCUCCUGCUCAAGGUUGGGAUUACAGCUUGGCUAAAAUAAGACAGUUUUUUGGUGGUUUGAAAACUUCAAAAUCAUUGCUCUUCACAUGAGGUACAAUCUGAGGCGUACAUUACUUGGUGGAUAUGUUUAAGUGAUGCCUGUAGAUGUGUGUGUAUUUCAUAAGGUAUAGUAUGGCUUCUGUGGCUCAACUCUCCAAAGCCUGCUCUUCUUUUAUGAGACUUAAUUUGAUCAAAGCACUUCAGCAGCUACAAACUUUGUUAGGAGGCUUGUUGUUCUACUUGUUCUCAAAUUAGGUUAAACAGUCAUCAGAGCUUUUGCAGGUUUAGAGUAUCCCUCAAGCUGCCUUGAUCUCCAUGUAUUGUCUGCUGGGAGCUGCCUGUUGUUCUGCAUGUCAAAAGCCAAGGCAUGUAUCGGGAUCACGGGGUGGGAUUUUCUGCUAGCUUAAUUCUGGGCUAACACUCUCUCUGUUGUUGUUGGCCAAUGCCUGCACCAGGAGCAUCUGUGCUGACUUCUGAAAAUCACACUCUGGGGAUCUAAAAUACAGCUUUACUUCUCAAAAUGUUGACCUCACUCUGGAAAUUCAGCAAGGGGACAUCAUGUCCAAAAGUGUCCAAGCAGGACAGGCAUCUGUGAUGUCUCCUGCUGAUAGCAGCCAUACAGCAGUAGUGAGGGUUUCUUUCUGCAGCUGUACAGAUUUCUAGAAGAGUGUCUGUCUCAUCAGCAGAGAAAGAAGAGCAACAGGGCUGAAAUAUCUCUCUUGGGCAUUUUGUAUGCCUCCCAAAGGUUUCUCUUGGGACGCUUGAACCUUUUAACAAGUUACUGGUGUACAUGAAAAGACAUAAGGAAACCCAGUGGGUUUUCCUAGUGCGCUCUAGUCAGGGCAACACUACCAUUAUCUGCGUUAUCCCCAGAAAGGGAGAGUGUCACCUGAGAGUGGGAUUCUUAGCUGAUGUCACAAAACUCUUACUACACAGCCACCUUGAAGCAUUUGAGCAGCCUCAGUGAAGCCUGUGUCUUGCAGCUCAGGAUGAAGCAAAGAGGGCCAUCCCCAUUGCCUUGCUGCAGGUGAGCCACCAUCUUUGUUGAGGCGCUGAGCUUUUCCCUGGGUUACCUGCCUCCCAUGGCAAUGUAGUGCAAAGAUCAGGGUAAGCACUGUGGCAUCUGAAGUUAGGAAGGGCUGUUUGCUUCCCACCUGAACUCUUGCAGUGUUGCUCUCCCGUAGGCCGAGAAGUUUCAGCCAUUGUUGCGUGGUACCUGUGUGGGAAGAGUAACUCUUGUUAGUGGUGGCAUCUUAUGUGGAGACCUAACCUUAUAGGGCCUGACAGCAGUCCUUGCAAGACUUUUCCUUCAGGUGGCCUCCUAUGCCAUUUUCCAAGUGUAAGAACCUUCUUUCUGAUGACCUUGGUCUCAGUUUACUAUUAUCACUGAGUCGCUAGAGUGUUUUUCAUGCAGUGCACUAGAAGCACCAUCCUGGUCUCACUGCCUUGUGGUACCUCCUUGUUCUGCUGUGAAGCAGCAUUAAGGUAAUCACUAAGUCUUUUCCAGCAGUGUGAAACUUGCUGCUCUGGCUCUUGGGGUGGUCAUUGCCUCAGGUUUGAGGCUGUCUUACCGCCAGGGCACACUGUUUCAUCCCUGGGAACACACACAGCCAGAAAAGUGUGCUCCUCAGUUGUCAGAGUCAGAGCGAACAGACUUGAGUCAAGCCCUGGUUCAAGAAAGAUGAUUCCACGUGCUGCUGAUGUCGACAAGGACUUAAACAUGUACUUCCUUACACAGAGAUGCUUUCCUGAAGCAGAGUUGUCACUCCUUUCUACAGGUACCACAGGAUGCCCUCCCUUAUUCUGCUUCAUGUAACUGGUACUAGAAUGCUCAUUUCCUGAUAAAUGAAGGCACUUAAUCCGUCCUCUUCCCCUUGGAAGAAGGACUUUUGGGGAUAUUGUUAUAUCAUUUAAAAUAAUAUUUUGGAAUUUUAAGUUUACAUUGCUUUAUUUUUCACUUGAGGUGACUGUAUAUAAAUAUUUUCCUCUAUUUUAUCAUUGCUGAUAAAGUAAGCCUAUGGUAUACAGACAAAUAAUUUGCCUUUGAUGUAUUGAAACUGUGAGAUAUAAAGUAGACUUAUCUCUUGUGUCCAUGUUCUUGACUAUAACUCUGUUCCUCUGUGUUUUUAUAAGUUAGAAUAAAUGUUGCUUACGGGCAACAGAGAGCCUGCAAGCUUCCCAGUAAUUUUUUCUGUAAUUGAAAUCAAGUAACCCUAGUGAAGGAUCUCACAUAUGUAUAAUGAUAUAUGUAUAUGUACAAAAUUUAGAAAGAA